AGAUAACGGCUAAUCUGCUGCAACGCCAAACACACUUUGUGUUGGACACUUACACUGAAGGGAAGUUCCAUCGGCUCGUUCUCACACAUUCUGAUUCAUUUGACGUCUGAACCUGUUUCCUCUGAGUAAAGCGUCUUUCUGUAGCUCAGUGGGAACGGAUUUCCAGCUGUUCCUCCGGCGCCGGCAGCAUGGCCUCUCCGCCUCGCUGUCGUCGGGUUUCUGCCUGUGAGGCGACGCUGGCGGUCCUGUUCGUCGUUGCGGUGCUGGUGAAUGUGACACUCAUCUCUCUGAUGGCUACCUGGAAGACGCCUACAGAUCCUCCCAGUCCACAGGACAACCCUUACCUCAUCGGAGUGGGCCGAGCUGACUGCACCGGGCCACCGGCUGAAAUCCCUUUGAUGGGUUAUGCGAACCCUGAGCAGACGGCCGCAGGCAUCCACACUCGCCUGUACAGCCGAGCCUUCAUCAUCGAUGACGGCAGGCGGAGGGUCGUGUUCGUCACUGCGGACGUAGGAAUGAUAUCGCAGAGGCUUCGCCUGGAGGUUCUGCGGGCGCUGCAGGUGAAAUAUGGGGACCUGUACCGCCAGGAGAACCUGGUCCUGAGUGGGACUCACACUCACUGCGGCCCAGCCGGGUACUUCCAGUACACCCUGUUCAUGGUCACCAGUAAAGGCUUCAUGAAGGCGUCCAUCAAGCCGCUGGUCAACGGCAUCGUCAAGAGUAUAGACAUAGCCCACCGUAACGUGAAGCCAGGCAGGAUUUACAGGAGCAGAGGAGCGCUGGAACACAGCAGCCUGAACAGGAGCCCUCACUCGUACCUCAACAACCCUAAGGAGGAGAGAGACAGGUAUCAGUGGAACACAGAUAAACAGGUUCUGGUGCUAAAGUUCACGGAUCUAGACGGAGACGGGAUCGGUAUGCUCAGCUGGUUCGCCGUCCACGCCGUCAGCAUGAACUACACCAACCGCAUGGUGAGCAGUGACAACAUGGGCUACGCCUCCUACCUGAUGGAGCAGGAAAAGAACCGGGGACAGCUACCUGGACAGGGCGGCUUUGUCGCUGGCUUCUCCUCCAGUAACCUCGGAGACGUCAGUCCGAACACUAGAGGACCUCGAUGCAUGAACACUGGACUGCCAUGUGACUACCUGAACAGCUCCUGUCCAAUAGGAGGGACUAAGAUGUGUAAGGCGUUCGGACCUGGAGACGACAUGUUUGACAGCACGAGGAUCAUUGGACACAGCGUCUACAGGAAGGCCAAGGAGCUGUACGCCAUGGCGGGGGAGGAGGUCGUCGGCUCCCUGCAGGCGGCCCAUCAGUGGGUGAACAUGACGGACGUCACUGUUCAGAUCAACGACACACAUACGAUGAACUGGCCUCUGCCGUGGCAUCCUCAAAUUGUUGACGUUCAGAUCAUCACCAUCGGCUCUGUUGCCGUGGUAGCGGUUCCUGGAGAGAUGACCACCAUGUCGGGAAGGAGGUUACGAGAAGCUGUCAAACAGGAGCUGGAGUCUGAGGGGGCGUUCAAGGACACCGAGGUGGUGCUAGCUGGCCUCAGUAACAUCUACACUCACUACAUCACCACCUAUGAAGAGUAUCAGGUGCAGCGGUACGAAGGCGCGUCCACAAUCUACGGCCCGCACACGCUCAGUGCGUACCUGCAGAAGUACCGAGGCCUGGCACGAGCCAUCGCACAGGACAAAGUCUCGGAGCUUCCUCUCGGUCCUCCUCCUCCGUUCUUCGAGAAGAACCUCUUCAACCUGCUUCCUGCUCCAUCUGUGGACAGAGCACCGGAGAACAGCAGCUUCGGGGACGUUCUGCAGCAGGUGUACCCCAUCUACCGACAGGUGAGGCAGCGGCCAUCAGGGCUCCUUAUAUGCGGCCCAGUUCCACUGGCUGAAGGGAUCGAACCAGCAGAGCAACGCCACCAUCGAGUGGCACAUCCCCUCACGGCCCCCUGGGGUCUCUACCGGAUCAAACACCUGGGGCACUACAAGCAGCGGGUGGGCUGGCAGACCCUCGUCUCGCCCUACGAGGGGAUGUCCGAGUCUUCAGGGUCACCGGCAGCUCCUACUAACAGUGAGGUCACAUCGGAGCUGAGGCAGUGGGGUUCCAUCCAGGGGCCAGGCUUAGUAAAGGGUCAGGCUGGAAUCUCCUCCCAUACUACUAAAGCCCGCCUCUAG